CUGUUCACUAGUCAAAUUUCAGGCAGAUCCCACCUAGAUUGGACUCUGAUGCAAAAACACUGCAGCCGAGGUGAUUGUGGACUGUUGACCCGUCACUGAUGGGAUCUUAUCAACUUGUGUUGCCUCACGUUCCUUAAAGCCUCCAUGGAGCUCAUCCAGGCCACCCAGCUGCCUCUGGAGGCCCCUACACCUACGUGGAGCAACAGCUUCAGUCCCCCUUACUCCCAUUUCCUGCUCGUCUCCACUACUUCUGAAUCGCUUCUUGGCUUCAGCCCGAGUGACAGCUCUUUCCUCUUUAACAGCACCUGCCAGAACUGCACCAAACCAGAGCCUGGAUCCCUCCCUGGCUUGGCUGGAGUCUUCAUCCCUCUUAUCUAUGGAAUAGUGUGUGUUGUUGGCCUCAUAGGCAAUACUCUGGUCAUCCAUGUUAUAGUCAACUACACUAAGAAUGAGUCAGUCACCAACAUCUACAUCCUCAACUUAGCCAUUGCAGACGAGCUCUUCAUGCUGGGCCUGCCCUUUUUAGCCGUGCAAAAUGCUCUGCUGUUUUGGCCCUUUGGCUCUCUGAUGUGCCGUGUGGUCAUGACAGUGGACGCCAUCAACCAGUUUACCAGCAUCUUCUGCCUGACCGUGAUGUCAGUGGACCGCUACCUGGCUGUCGUGCACCCCAUCCGCUCCUUCUGGUGGCGGCGCCCCCGUGUAGCCAAGGCUAUCAGUGCCACAGUUUGGGCAGGGUCCUUUGUGGUGGUGCUGCCGGUGGUGGUGUUUGCAGAUGUGCUGAAGGACGAUGGGAACUGCAGCAUCGUGUGGCCUGAGCCAGCAGAAGUGUGGAAGACGUCUUUCAUUGUGUACGCGUGCACUGUGGGCUUCUUCUGCCCCCUGCUGGUCAUCUGUCUGUGCUACCUGCUGAUCGUCAUCAAGGUGCGCAGUGUUGCAAAGCGGGCGCAGGCCACGUCCUCUCGGCGCAGGAGGUCGGAACGUAAAAUCACCAGGAUGGUGGUUGUGGUGGUGGCAGUGUUUGUGUUUUGCUGGCUACCAUUCUACGUUCUGAACAUCGUCAACCUCCUUGUGGUCCUGCCUGGGGACUUCAGGGGGCUCUACUUUUUUGUUGUCGUGCUGUCAUAUGCCAACAGCUGCGCCAACCCCAUACUGUACGGAUUUCUGUCUGACAACUUCAAGAGAGGCUUCAGGAAGGCCCUGUGCGGAGCUUCACGCAGGGUGAAGAACAACGACAGGGCCGGCACUGAGGUACAGCGACCAACAGAGGAGUGGGGCGGCAUUGUGCUCCAAGCACAGAAAAGUGAAGGAGUCAGCAAGGUGCAUAGGAAAGACUGUGGUGAAAAAGAAGAAGAGGAGGAAGUCAAUGGAACAGGAGGGGCCAUACAGAUGAGUGAAAUAUGCAAAACGUCACAAAAUGGAAACCACAGUGGCGUAACAGAGGGCUCAAGGACACAGGUCAUGCAGAGAGAUAAACCUGAUCCAGAGCACUUGAGUCAGAGUGCAAAAUAUGGAGAAGGCGCUGAGAAAGGCCCAGGCUCUGAUCCUGCUGAGGCAGCGUCCCCUGUGGCCAGUAAAUGUAGAAUCAGCAGGUCAAAACCUGACGAAUCCCUGGACAAUAAGUCUGUGCUCGAAAUCAGCUCCUUGUAACAGAUGAUGUGAGUUCAGUGGAUUUUGGUGCCACUUAAAGUAUUUCUCAGACUUUUGAAACAGCUGUGAAUAUUACAAACAACUGUGGGUUACAGAUUACCAGCUCAGUGUUCAUGUGAAGUGACUGUUGUCUUAAAGUUGUGGUCGGACCUUUUGCUUGGCUAAUAUUUGCAUUAUGUAACAAUCUGCCAAUAUCAAUGCAGUUGUUUUUGACAUGGUGUGAGGAUGUAAAAAAAAAAAAAAAAGAUAUAACUGACAAAAUCUAAAAUCAGGCAUAAUGUCAGCCAUGUUGGAUUGAAACACUGGCUGCAAGUAAUGUGAGGUAGUGUUCAGUUAUUGUUGCAAGCAGACCUGCAGAAACACUUGUAUGGUCAAGACUGAUGGGUCAUUUUUUAGAUUUAGAUUUUUUGUUCUUGAUUUCUCACUUGAUUGUGAGACUGUUUUGCCAACUGGUCUGGUCCCUUUAAAGGGCAACAACGGCCACUUUCAAAAUUCAUGUAUGUUUCUACUUUGGUUAAAGACAGUCCAAAAAUAUUUGUAAUCUCAAACAACUCUCAAAGUACAAAGUCUGGAGCUGCUCCCGAGACAAUAAAUAUGGAAAGAUGUUCUAGAUCAGUGAUUCCA